AACGAUGAAUAUAAUCUAUGGAGGUUAUAAAAACGACCGAUAUUCCACCCUACUCUCAAACUCACGUGGAGCCCGUUAAUGGUUAUCCCUUGAGACAACAAGAGACGCGACGAUUCCUCUGCUCCUGCCAAAUAUGAUGAUCUUGUCCGUAACUCUGCUCUCUUCUGGGAUAAGCUCCGAGCUGUUCUCGGACUAACCAGAAAAGAUGUCGACCGAUAUUCCACCGUACUCUCAAACUCACGUGGAGCCUGUUAAUGGUUAUCCCUUGAGACAACAAGAGAUGCGAUGGUGAAAAACAUUUUUUAUCCCUCCCAACCCUCGCAUCCUCGCAGCCGUCAAAACCUAAAUCUCUCCGGCGACGGUGCUCCUCACCGGUUUCCGGAGAGGGCCACUCCCUCUUCCCCUUUUCUCUGGUUGUCUUCUCCGUGCUGCCUUUGUCGCUCCUGUGGUGUUCUGUCCAUGGCUGGGUUUUCGUCUCUUGUUGGUGGUGAACUGGGAGAGGUCUCGCUUUCGCACGGUGCAAGGGGCAGUUUGCUCUUGUUUUCGGUACUUGAGGACGGUGCUGUGACAAGGUUCUUCUCCGGUGAGUUUGGCUUCAAUUCUGUCCUCGUGCGGCGUGUUUCUCGUCGGUUCUGGUUGUGGCUCCGGUGAGGCAUCUGUUCAGCGGUAUUGAUGAACCACAAGUUGGGUAUGAGGUUCAAGGAUUCAUUGACGGGAAGUAGUUUGAUUACGGCUAUCUGGUGACGAUGAAAUUGGGUUCUCAAGAGCUGAAAGGUGUGCUUUACCACAUUCCUCAAACGCCAAGGGAGUCACAACCAACCAUGGAAACACCUUCAGCCAUUUUACCAUCAUCACAACGCCGGCAUAGGAAGAAAUCAAAGUUGGCUGUAGUCGAUACUCAGAAGCCCAAAUGCUACAGGAGUGGCUACAACUUCUUCUUUGCUGACCAGUACGCUAGGCUUAAACCUGAUUACCAUGCUCAAGAACGAUCCAUUACCAAGAAAAUAGGACACAUGUGGAGCAAUCUCACUGAAUCUGAGAAACAGGUUUAUCAAGACAAAGGAGUUAAGGAUGUGGAGAUAUACGGAAUUGAGAUGUUGGAAUAUAAAUCUUCACAUGAGUCAGGAGCUGCUGCUUCUACAGUGGCUCAGUCGCUUUUCUCCCUUUUGUUGUCUUUUGUGUUUGUUGUAACAUUGUCUUUUUCUCUAUAGAACUUGUUUAAAAAUUUCUAUGAGUUGCAAAAUAUGCCAUGUUUAUUAUGGCUUUAGAGCUAGUGAGGAGGUUACUAACUGCGAA